AUGUUCAACUUUCGGAAAAGUACGUCAUCCUCAGUUGACAAAGGUUGGGCAUGGUUCGUAUUAUUGGCAUGCUUUUUGGAAUAUUUUUUAACCAUUGGUAUGUUCAAAACCUUUGGAUUAUUCUUCGUGCAAUACCAAAGAAAGUACUCAACUACUGCCUCCGUCCUCUCCCUGGUCCUGUCUGUACAAACCAUUAUAGCCAGUGUUAGCUCCAUUUUUAUAAUGGGUAUUGGAACAACGUACUUUGGAGAGAGAUUAAUGGUUAUUUGCGCGGCAAUCCUUGGACUUGGCUCUAAUUUAGGCAAUGCAUUUGCACCACAACCUUCUAUUCUCUUCUUCACACAAAGCACCAUCUAUGCACUUACAUCAGAAUCUGCUCAUCUUUCUGCUAUGUUAAUACUUGGAAAAUAUUUUGAGAAACGGAGAGGAAUGGCAUAUGCAGUUGCGAAUUUCGGUGCAGGAAUUGGUGGGUUGGUUUUACCACAGUUAGUGACGUAUUUAUUUAGUGAAUAUGGACUACGAAGUACCCUCAUCAUAAUUGGUGGAAUACACCUUCACCUCUUUCCUAUUGGUCUUUUGAUGCGACCAAUUGAAAGAAAGACGAAUAAAUCACAAAAUAUUAAUGAAAUAGAAAACCAUCGUUUGAUAAAAGAAGAGGAGAGUCCAGAUAGAUUUUCUAAGUCAAAGAAAAGAAAACAACAAAAUGGUGAACACAAAAUGAGAGAUGCUGUCACUGCCUCAAAUGGCUCGCAUUAUAAACAGGAAGAGAAAAAUGAAAAUGCUAUCACUUUGUUACCCCCAAAAUCCGAAGAGGAACAAAAUGUUCUUUCUUCAAACUUUAUGUGUUCUGAAGACGAAACAGUGUCAAUAUCCACGGGAAAAAGUGACUUCAAGAAUUCAAAACCAAAUUUAGAAAAUUACUCAAAACAAACUGAAAAUAGAAAAGGUCUUUGCUUGCAGUUUCUGUUUAAAAUAUUUGACUUUUCUUUGUUCAGGAAUGGAAAAUUUAACCUGUUAAUGACAUCCUCGUUGCUCAUCGCUGCUGCUUGCACUAUUCCUGUAGCUUACAUUCCACCUUUCGCCAAAGACCAAAAAUUACAAAGUGAUAUGAUCGGAUACCUUGUGACAUUCUCAUCGGCCAGUGAUUUAGUCGGUAGAUUCCUAUUUAUAUUCAUAGCAGACAACAAGAUAAUCCAGAAGCAUCAUAUGAUGGCAAUUGCGAUGGUGGUCCAUGGAAUCGUGUGUUUAAUGGCAGUGUUCUGUACUAGUUUUGUCUCUUUAGCUGUAUUUAGCAUUUUGGAGGCGGCAUUAGGUGGAACGUAUUAUUCUUUGAUAAACAUUCUGUUGGUCGAGUUUAUAGGAUUAGACAGUCUGAAUCACGGCCUAGCAGUAAAUAGAAUGACCAGAGGAAUUUCUAUAGCUAUAACAUCGACACUGAUUGGUGUUUUACGUGACAACACAGGCUCAUAUGUCGGUGGAUUUUACUUGAUGGGGAUAUGCUCCAUUGUAGGUGGUGCUAUUUUGCUUUUCAAGCCUUUUGUGUCGAAAAGUGAAAAUGUUUCAUGAAUUUUAGCAGACAUAUGCUGAUCAAUAUUUAAUUAACAAGCUAUUUGUUCUG